CGUCAGCCCGCUACUUUUAGCAAUUCAAAUCUGGCAGCCCUGCACUGCGGUGAACUUUGUACACAAGCAUUAUAGAGGAGACGAUGGCUGCUGUAGGCCGGCUGCUGCCCACUUUCUCUAGGGUAUCUCGCCCCUUCGCCUUCGCCCACAUAGGAUGGAGAACUCAACCCCAAAUUAUUGCACCAUCAUGUCUGUCCAUUGUUCGUUACUCCUCUAUUCUGGCUGAACUCCCAGAAACUCAUGAAAUAUUGAAGAAAACUUGUAGAGAUUUUGCUGAAGCUGAGUUACAGCCUCUGGCUGGAAAGUUUGAUAAGGAGGGUUUCUUCCCAAAGAAACAUAUAAAGGCCAUGGGGGAGCUAGGUUUGAUGGGUUUGGCAGUGCCAGAAGAGUAUGGUGGAACUGGAAUGGACUAUUUGGCCUAUGCUAUUGCCAUGGAAGAAAUUAGCAGAGGUUGUGCAAGUGCUGGGGUCAUAAUGAGUGCGCACAACUCACUGUACUUGGGUCCACUGCAGGCAUUUGGUAGUGCCAAGCAAAAAGAAGAAUGGAUUACACCCUUUACAACAGGAGAACGCAUUGGAUGUUUUGCUCUUUCUGAACCCGGUAAUGGCAGUGAUGCAGGUGCUGCAUCAACCAUGGCUAAGGAAGAAGGCAAUAGUUAUAUCUUAAAUGGCACUAAAGCUUGGAUCACCAAUAGCAUUGAAGCUGAAGCAGCUGUUGUUUUUGCUACAACGGAUAGGAUUAAAAAACACAAAGGAAUAUCUGCAUUUAUUGUCCCUAAGCCAACAGCGGGUCUGUCCUUGGGGAAAAAAGAAGAUAAACUUGGAAUUCGUGGAUCUUCAACAUGUAAUCUUAUUUUUGAGGACUGUCAAAUUUCUUCAGAGAAUAUGCUGGGAGCACAUGGAAUGGGAUUCAAAGUUGCAAUGAUGACCCUAGAUGCUGGAAGGAUUGGGGUAGCUGGGCAAGCUCUUGGUAUAGCCCAGGCUGCCUUUGACUGUGCCAUGGAUUAUGCAGGAAAGAGAGUGGCUUUUAAUGCUCCUAUCUUGAAGCUGCAGCUAAUCCAGCAAAAAAUUGCAGACAUGGCAUUACGAAUUGAAUCAUCUCGACUUCUUACCUACAAGGCAGCUGUUCUAAAAGAUGAAGGAAAACCGUAUUCCAAGUGUGCGGCAAUGGCUAAGCUGGCAGCAUCAGAAACAGCCACAUUCUGUAGCCACCAAGCUAUACAGAUCCUCGGAGGUAUGGGAUAUGUAAGUGACAUGCCAGCAGAGAGACACUACCGUGACGCUCGCAUCACAGAGAUAUACGAAGGCACAUCAGAAAUACAACGUUUAGUCAUAGCAGGAAGUCUUAUAAAGGAAUACCAAGCACUGUAAUUUUUUCUUCAAAAUAUAUUUAUCUUGAGCAAACUAGUUUAUGAAAAUUCUGAAUUAGAAUUUUUAAAAACAAAUUUUUAUUUGUUUUCUAUUUGAUAUGAGGUGCUGAAUAACAAUAGUUCAUGUAUAAUAUUUAGAAAACUAAAAUUUCUUGUAAUAUGAUAAUGUAUGUGUUGGGAACAUGAGGUUUGUAAAAAGAUUGCUUACAUGUUUGGAGAUUGAAUCAAUUGAAAAUUAAUUUGGCUUUAGCACUUUUAGCUGACGUUUUCUAUUCUUUUGUAUAUGCAACUUAUCAAUGCAAUUCUAGGUAUAUACUGUAUAGAUGUUUUUACUGCUGUAUAAAAUAUGUAGAGUUUUACCAAUAAAAUUUUAUAUCUGGUAAUAAAUUAUUGACAUCUUU